AUGGCCUCGGAGCUGGCCAUGAGCUCGGAGCUGCCCACCAGCCCCCUCGCCAUCGAGUACGUGAACGAUUUCGACUUGAUGAAGUUCGAGGUGAAGAAGGAGCCGGCGGAGGGCGAGAGGUUGUGCCCCCCAGCCGGGUCCCUUUCCUCCACCCCUCUCAGCACCCCUUGCUCCUCCGUGCCUUCCUCGCCCAGUUUCUGCGCUCCCAGCCCCGGUGGGCAACCGGCUCCAGCCCCUCCGGCUCCCAACGCAGCUUCCUUGGGCUCCAAACCUCAGCUGGAGGAGCUGUACUGGAUGUCGGGUUACCAGCAUCACCUCAACCCCGAAGCUCUCAACCUGACCCCCGAGGACGCGGUGGAAGCUUUGAUCGGUGCCCCUCACCAUCAUCAUCAUCACCAUCAAGCUUACGAGCCUUUCCGACCUCAACCUUUCGGGGCUGAGGAGUUGCCUCCCGCUUCCCAUCAUCACCCCGGCGGCCACCACCAUCAUCACCAUCAUCACCAUCACCACCACCUGCGCCUGGAGGACCGUUUCUCCGACGACCAGUUGGUGAGUAUGUCGGUGCGGGAGCUGAACCGGCAGCUGCGGGGCUUCAGCAAGGAGGAGGUGAUCCGCCUCAAGCAGAAGAGGAGGACCUUGAAGAACCGAGGCUACGCUCAAUCCUGCCGUUACAAACUGGUCAUCUUGGAGAACGAGAAGUGUCAACUCCAGAGCCAGGUGGAGCAGCUCAAGCAAGAGGUGACCCGCCUGGCCAAGGAGAGGGAUCUGUACAAAGAGAAAUACGAGAAGUUAGCAAGUCGGGGCUUCCCCAGGGAAACUUCCCCUGCUUCUGCUCCCAAACCCACCGCCGACUUCUUCAUGUGA